UGUUUCAUUUUUUCCAGUUUUUGAUUCAAUUCAGAGUGACGGAUUUUGAGAGACAUACAAUAAAAUUCCAUUAUUACAACGUAAUUUUCAUGUCGUGUUAGUUUAAUCGCUGAUUGAUUUCAUUACGAAUAUCGGAUUAAGCUAGCAUUUGCCUUUGUUUUUGUGAUUUUUUUGGUUGUUGUGAUGAAUUUUGUUAUUUAAUUAAAGCAUUUGGAAUGAUGCACGGCAAACUGUUUGAUGAAAAGCCUCAGAAACAAGUUGGGUCAUUCCCGUUCCUCUUUAACGUAUUUUAGUUGUUCUGCUACUGGAUUGUACUAACUGGUAACUUUACUUGUGCUUUUUGAGCUUCCCGGUGAUUACUGAUUAGUGUAAUUUUUGUUCGUUCUUCCAGUGCGCGCAGAUUAUUUCACGCUCUUAACUGAAUCAAUCCUUGCGUUUUCAGUUUCACCAUUUCGUGCAACAGGAUAUAAGUCAUCCAUAUGUCACAAACUGUAACCAUGUUCUUAUUCUUUUUUAAAGCACUUCAGUAGUGUUGACUAAAAAUUCAAUGUUAAGACGUAAGGGUGGAUAUUUGUGUAAUUAUUAAGAGUUAAGGGGUACUUUACAAUUUUGCAAAUAGAAAGGAGAUGAAUUUAAUUACUCUGAAACUAUCCUCCGAUACAGAACCAAUGGAAAAACCAUCAGAAACCGAAGAACCCUCUUCAACUCCGUUGCCAGAUCAUCAAAACUGGAUAGCAGCACAAGAUUUGCUGAGGGAGAAGCUGAUCAGAGAGGAUAGCUUCACAUGGAAAAUACCCGAAGACCGUUCGGAUUCGGAGGAAGGAUUAUUGAGAUACAUUGGCGGAGUUGAUAUAAGCUUCUCAAAAGAUGACCCAUCAAUGGCGUGUGGCACACUUGUGGUUUUGGACUUAAGAACUCUGCAAGUUGUUUAUGAAGACUUCUCUUUGGUCAAUAUUCGAGUUCCCUAUGUUCCUGGCUUCCUUGCAUUCAGAGAGGCCCCAAUUCUUUUAGAGAUUCUGGAGAAAAUGAAAAAGAGUGGUAGUUCUUUCUACCCACAGUUGUUAAUGGUUGAUGGAAACGGAAUACUACAUCCCCGAGGCAAGUGCUUUUGCUUUGGCCUGGCCUGUCAUCUAGGAGUUGAGGCCAAUCUCCCAACAGUUGGAAUUGGAAAGAAUUUGCAUCAUGUGGAUGGUCUUAAUCAAUCUAGGGUUAGAGAGCUUCUUGAAGCUGGAGAAAAUUCUUGUAAAGAUUUCAUUAAUUUGGUAGGUUGCUCAGGGCAUAUAUGGGGAGCGGCCAUGAGAUCUACACAAGGAUCUAUAAAGCCAAUAUUUAUAUCAAUUGGUCAUCGGAUUUCACUUCAAACUGCUCUUAGACUAGUUCAGAUGACUUGCAAGUAUCGUGUUCCCGAGCCAAUUAGACAGGAUUUGUGUCUAAUUAUCAAGACGUUUUGAGCCUUUCGCACCUUAAGGGCACCUUUAGCCUUUGACUACUACCUUGGGUUCAACUCAAAAUCUUGUAUUGCGAAGUAUUCUCUAGAUGAUCCAUGAGAUGUUGCUGCAUCUCAUUCUUAAUGUCCUUACAACAGAAAGUCAAAGCAUCAAAUGUUGUUAGCUAGGCUGAUGCAUUAUUUUCCAACGUUUUUGGUUAAUAAAUGUUUAUAUUAGAUUGGUUUGGAAAGGUUUUCUAUCAUUUAGUAAGGUUUUAUUUUUCAGAACCGCUCCAGUUACUCGCUUUGUUUCAAUUCUUUGGUAACUAAUGACAUUAAAAAAUGCAUCCACUUCUUUCAUCUGUAUUUUUACUGCAGGCCGAUAUAAGAUCCAGAGACUACAUUCGGAAGCUCAAAAUGAAUGCCAGAAUGAAGUAAUGUCACUGAUACAGUACAUUGUUAAUGACUUCAACACAUUUCUCAUUGUUUCUUGAACAUUGAUACUACAAUGAAUUAAAUAAGAGUACAGAACCUUGAGAUAUAAACUUUAUUGCUCUUGGCCUUGCUUUGGUUCCAAAUACAGAUUUCUCAUUGGUGAGACUUACUUGAGCUGGAAACAGAUGUUGCAAAAGUAUUGCAAAACAUGAUGGUUAUUACAAGAUGAUAGCAGAGGGCAACACUGUAUCGACCACUUGUAAACAACAAAGGUGAUGAGAUUAAUGUUUGAUUAAUCACAUGAUAUUGUUGUGAGUUGUGACACAACUGUAAUGAAAUUAUGAAAAUGGGACAUUGUUAUGAUCCUGAAAAAUUGGCCCAAGCUAAAAUGGGCAAGAGAAAUCUGAAGGGAAAGAUGGUAUGACCGUGAUUCCAUAGAUUCAAGUGUAGCUUGUACCUGAUUUUGAUCCAUAUCCCCAUGAAUUUUGUCUCAGUACUUACUUUAUAAUCACACUCCAUUAUUUCCCAGAUUUACAUACACACAUCUCAGACAACCCCAUACAUAUUAAACACUCUUACUUUAUAUCUUUGUUAUUUUCAAAAUUCAAUUGUAACCCUGAAAUUGGAGCAGAGACCUGUGUUGUCCUUGUUAAUUUCCUUUCCUUCAUUAGUGAAGUUCUUUUUCAUAA